CCGCCGCCCGCCCCCACCUUCUGGGCGCCGCGCGCCGCGGCGGGACCCGCCUUCGACGAGCAGGAGCUGGUCCGGGCGCUGCGAGGUGCUAUCAAAAUUCCUACAGUGGCCUUCCUUCGAAAGCAGUUAAAUACGACAGCUUUGAUCGAAUUUGGGAAAUAUAUUCAGAAAGUGUUUCCUGCUGUAUUUUCUACUGAGUUCAUUCAACAUGAGGUUGUUGGGGAGUACAGCUAUCUCUUCACUGUUCAGGGUUCUGACCCCCAACUCAUGCCCUACAUGUUGCUUGCACACAUGGAUGUCGUCCCAGCUUCGGAAGAGGGGUGGAAGUUCCCUCCUUUCUCGGCAGAGGAAGAUGAAGGUUACAUCUAUGGACGAGGGACACUGGAUAACAAAAACUCCGCCAUAGGUAUUUUGCAAGCCCUGGAAUUCCUGUUGAGAAGAAACUAUAGACCGCGCAGAUCUUUCUAUAUUGGAAUUGGACACGACGAAGAGGUAUCUGGUCUUGAUGGAGGAAAACAGAUAGCGAUGCUGUUGCAAGCCAGAGGAGUGAAACUGUCUUUCCUGCUAGAUGAGGGAAGCGGUAUCUUGGAUGGGGUCAUCGAGGGAAUAAAGUCUCCAGUAGCUCUGAUAGCUGUAACAGAGAAGGGUUCACUCACGCUGAACCUCACUGUGAGAUCAGAUCCAGGUCAUUCAUCUGCUCCUCCUAAGGAGACAAGUAUUGGGAUUCUUGCAGCAGCCGUGUCCAGACUGGAAAAGAAUCCGAUGCCCAGGCUGUUCGGCUAUGGGCCUGAACUGAUGAUGUUUGAGCAUCUGGCUUCCGAGUUUGCAUUUCCUCUCAAUAUCGUCAUGAAAAAUCUGUGGCUGUUUUCACCUCUUGUUAGCAGAAUCAUUGAGCGGAAGCCCACUGGUAAUAGCAUGGUUCGAACUACAACAGCGCUUACUGUUUUCAAGGCAGGAAUUAAGUUCAAUGUCAUCCCACACUUGGCCAGUGCAGCUGUGAAUUUUCGGAUCCACCCAGCCCAAAAGGUUGCUGAGGUGCUAGAGAUAGUCAAAGACACCAUUGAUGAUGACCGAGUAGAGAUAACCGUAAUUGAGGCUUUUGACCCGCUACCCAUCAGCCCGUGGGAUGACCAGGCCUUGGGGGUCCAGAUUUUCCGAAGAACCAUAAUGGAUGUUUUCCCACAUGUCAGCAGCAUAGCUCCAGGCAUUUGUAUUGGAAACACGGACAGCAGGCAUUUCACUAACCUCACGGACGCCAUUUAUCGCUUCAACCCUGUGGUCUUUAAAGCGGAUGAUGUUUCCAGGAUUCAUGGGUGGAAUGAAAGGAUCUCAGUCAAAGACUAUGAGAAACAAGUGGAAUUCCUCUUUCAGCUGAUUCAGAACUCGGAUAUUGAUAAGCUUCCAAAACCGCAUCUAAGCACCCACGAGCUGUGAGACAAAAGCAGCAGGGGAGGAGGAUCAUCAAUGGUGGGAUGGCAGGGACUUGAGUUAUACAACUCCCACUCUUGCACACGCUGAAAUUCACCUCUUUGCACUAGGCUAGCACAAGGCCUGUGCACCCUUUAAGGCUGAGUUAAUUCCAGUUCUUAGUGCUUAAACCGUACUCAAAGUGAGCCUCAAGGUGGAUGGGAGUGGUGACAGGGAUGAACGUCAUUUCAAAUGCAUAGCUACAGAAAUGUUUUUAAGAGUGUCAGGCUCUGGUUCUGCAAGAAGUCGACCCUAGGGGCAGUGGAAGCUGCGGGCAUUCAGCACUUUGCACAGUGGAGCUGUAGCGGAUUAAUAAUCUUCAUAUUGUCCAGUAUAAAACAGUAUUAAAUUUCCAAUAGUGCGUGCUCUGGGGAAGCAGCAUGGCAAUGGAGCAUGUUUUCUGAUGCUCCUGGUGCCUCAGCAAGCUUGCUUUGCUGUUUCUAAGCAGACUUUUCCUGCCACUGUGAGGCCAUUGAUUGGUAACAUUUUUCUUGAGUUGUGGUGCAUUUUAAUCCUUAAUCAGUGUCAUAUAAUACACAAAGUGCUAGCAACACUACAACAAACCCAGAGGAGCAAAGCUCAAGUGAUGGAUACAUCACUUGGGAUACCCAGAGCCCUUUUCUAUCUAUUUGUAGUGUGACCAAGAUUUUCACGAACAACCAGUGCUUUUGUGUACAUGAGACCUGGCCAGGAGUGCCUGCCUUCCCGAGGUGGAUCCUCACUACAUGUUGAAAAAUUCUUUGUGCAGUGUCUCAGAAUCACUAGGCACCUGCAAAAAUUGCAGUUUGCAAAUUUAGAAUUUAAAACAAGCUGCAGAAGAUCGAAUUACGUAGUUUUAAUUGCCAGUGGAUCUAGUGUUAGAUAUCUAGUGUUAGAUAUUUCUUUUGCACUCUUGCAAUCUUUUGAGUUACUUAGAUGCUUUAAAAGGAAAUUCGGUUAAAAUGGUCUGUGGAGGCAUUUUCCUUUUCCACUGAAUCUGUUUGUAUGAAGUACCAUUCUCUUUUCACCUUGCCUUUUGCUGUCCGAGAGCUUGAUUCUUUAAGAGGCAGAGCGCUCUCUGUUCCUUUCCACUGCAGUGGAGAUUACUGGGUUUGGGAGCCUCUCUGGACAGCUCCCAAGCCCAGGAAAGCUGAGUCUACAUAAGCACUCCUGCCCUUCCCAUAACUCUGAGGUCCCCUGCAUGGGAGAGAGAUUUCCCGAAUAGUGCUAGCAGAGACAAGGAUGAAGCACCCUCCUCUUGGACUACUGCAAAGAUGUUCUCACGAGCUAAAAUUGCCAUGAUUAAUCAGCUAAACCACUGCAAAGAGGGAAAUUUGACCCAGGUACUGUUGUAAGCGGAAGUAGGGUCAAAGCCACUUUUUGCACUAAGGCGCAGGCUACGCAGUAUUAGAAACAAAAGAAAACCUUUUUCUGUUCUACUAGGCCAUGGCUGUGUGCAUCUCUCUCUAAGGGUUUGAGUUGUACACUGGGAUGUGCGAUUGCUCUUCUCUAAACUCUUGUUGCAAAACAUAAUGGAAUUAAGUACGGUACAAUGACGUGUCAUUUGGAAAGCACUGAGCAAUGACAACAUAAUUUUUGCUGCUGUUUCCUUCUUACCAGUCUCUCCUUAUUUGCACAAUGGCUGUACUAAAAUUGUUCCAAUGUGAGACUGAAAUCAAAUCAAACAAAUAAAAAAAAAAAGGAAUACUGA